AUGUUCCACCAUGGUGUAGACAGCCAACACGCGUGUAGACAGCGCCGUUUCACCAUGGUGUUCGUCGCCGCCGUCAAUGGCCUUCGGCCUCGAUCUGCAUGUUGGCUGGAUACGGCGUGGUGGGGAGGAGGUGAGCUGGUCGUGGUGGGGAGGAGGAGCAGCUGUGGCAAGGAGAGAUUGCCACUGGGAAUGCAAACCGCAAUGGAAUCCAUCCGCAUCGACGUUGUUGAAAUAGAAGUUGGCCCUGCGGUGAGCUUACUGCAGUUCUCUUCCCCCGCGCGGCACAUCCUUCUUGCAAUGUUUUUGAUGAUCUGUGAUCCUGGAGUAACCAGUAGAAUUAGAUGGUUGGAUUCCCACACCUGA